AUGUCCCAGCGGGCCCGCGUGUCCAAGAGGCGCCGCCUCCAGCCCCGGCGGGGCGUCCCGGGAGAGGCCUCCUGCAGGGCCCACCUGGAGCCGCUGCUGCUGUUCUGUGAGGACGACCAGGUCACGCUCUGUCGCAAGUGUUUCCUGGCCCAGGAGCACGGGAGCCACGUGGUGCGCGGAGUGCAUGAAGCUGCGGAGAAGUACAGGAAGUUGUUUCGGGAGCUGUUGAGCACAUUGAAGCAGAAACUUGAAGCUGCCAAAAGCCUAUUGGCCGAAGAGCAAGAAAAUAUGGGGUUGGUUCAGGCCGAGGAGCAGAAUUUUAAAGAGAUGCUUAAGUCUGAAUAUAAGAUGAUGAUCCGGUUGGUGACUGAAGAGAAUGCGAUGAACUUCCAAAACCUGCAAGGGUACCCAUUCAACCCACACCUGAGAGAAGCCGGUCUGAGUCCGCAGAUGAAGUUUACUGCGGAGCUAGAGGAGAAGUACCAGGAAACACUACAGAGACUGAACAGUCUGGGGAGAGAGAACAUGAGUAAACUGCAUGAGAGUGAAGUCAGGCUGUAUGAACAGAUCAUCAGCCUCCACAGUGUCACCGCCGAGCUGGAGAAGAAAUGUGGGGAACCUUCCUUAGUGUUGCUCAAGGUAAGAGUCCAGAAAGAACCUUCAUUACAGAGUGGUGUUUCACUACUGUGUCAGGGCCUAGAGCCCGCCCGAAUCACAGACCCGAGUUUAUGCCAAAGACCAGGACUGAGCGAAGUGCUGGAACUGUUUCAAAGACCUAUAACUUUGGAUCCCAAAACAGCUCAUCCCUGUCUUGUCCUAUCUGAGGAUCUGAGAAGUGUACGACUCAGAAAUGUCCAGCAGGAUGUACCUGGCAACCCCGAGAUAUUUGACUUCGGUGCUUCUGUGUUGGGUGUGGAGAGCUUUACCUCAGGCAGGCAUUACUGGGAGGUGGAUGUGGAAAAGACAACAAGCUGGCAGUUGGGUAUAUAUGAAGACUCCGCCGCCAGACUCAUGCCCAAAGCUUCCGAAGGUAAAAUCUUGCUCAUGGGAGCCAGGAUGGGAACCAAAUAUACCUUGUGGGUCUUUCCUCCUUUAAAAGGGAUGUACUUGGAAGAGCAGAUGCACAAAGUUGGAGUUUUCCUAGACUAUAAGUACGGCCAGAUAUCAUUCUAUGAUGUGACAAAGAGAUUCCUCAUUUAUAAUUUCUCUGAUCUUGUCUUCAAAGGAGCUCUCAGGCCUAUUUUUUCUCUUUGUUUCCCAAAUGAAGGCACAAAUUCAGACUCUCUUAGCAUCUGCCUCCCUGAUGUUUUUGUGGUGUGA